UUAAGCAGCGCUUUCCGUCAGAUUGAUCAGAAAAGGAGGGUUUUUUGGUGGGGGAGACACCGGGACAUGGCGCGCAAUGUGAUGGACAAGGCGACGUCCAUCGACGCGCAGCUGCGGCUGCUGGCGCCCAAUAAACUCUCCGAGGACGACAAGUUAGUGGAGUACGACGCGCUGCUCCUAGAACGAUUCCUCGACAUCCUCCAGGACCUGCAGGGAGAGGACAUCAGGGAGACGGUUCAAGAAUGCUAUGAGUUAGCUGCUGAGUAUGAAAAUAAGCUUGAUCCUAAACAGCUAGAUGAGAUUGGGAAUCUGUUAGCCCGCCUGGAUGGGGGAGACUCCAUCGUGAUAGCCAAGUCAUUCUCGCACAUGCUUAUCCUAGCAAACUUGGCUGAGGAGGUCCAGAUUGCAUAUCGCAGGAGGAUAAAACUGAAGAAGGGUGAUUUUGCUAAUGAAAAUUCCGCAACAACUGAAUCAGACAUUGAGGAGACCCUAAAAAGGCUUGUUGGUCCGUUAAAGAAGUCUCCGCUGGAAGUGUUUGAUGCUCUCAAGAAUCAAACAGUCGACCUGGUAUUGACAGCACAUCCAACUCAGUCAGUUAGGAGGUCACUGCUCCAAAAACAUGGCAGGAUAAGGAACUGUUUAACACAACUGUAUGCAAAAGACAUAACUCCAUAUGAGAAGCAGGAACUUGAUGAGGCACUUCAGAGAGAGAUUCAAGGUGCCUUUAGAACUGAUGAAAUCCGACGGGCACCUCCUACUCCACAGGAUGAAAUGCGUGCCGGAAUGAGUUAUUUUCAUGAGACCAUAUGGAAGGGCGUGCCCAAGUUCUUACGGAGGGUAGAUACUGCUCUUAAGAACAUUGGCAUAAAUGAGCGAUUGCCUUACAAUGCCCCUCUUAUUCAGUUUUCAUCUUGGAUGGGUGGAGAUCGUGAUGGAAAUCCAAGUGUCACACCAGAGGUUACAAGGGAUGUUUGCCUGUUAGCUAGAAUGAUGGCCGCUAACUUGUACUAUGCACAGAUAGAGGAUCUAAUGUUCGAGUUAUCUAUGUGGCGCUGCAGUGAUGAACUACGCUCAAAAGCUGAUCAGUUACACCGUUCCUCGAGGAAAGACACCACAAAACACUAUAUAGAGUUCUGGAAGCAAGUUCCUCUAAGCGAACCCUAUCGUGUAAUACUGAGUGAUGUCAGAGAUAAACUGUACAAUACUCGUGAGCGAUCAUGCCAUUUAUUGGCCAGUGGGUUUUCUGAAAUUCCUGAUGAAGCAAUCUUCACUGAUGUUGAGCAGUUCUUGGAGCCUAAUGAGCUCUGUUACAGAUCUCUGUGUGCCUGUGGUGAUCAUGGUAUUGCAGAUGGCAGUCUUCUUGACUUUUUGCGGCAAGUGUCAACAUUUGGACUAUCCCUUGUUAGACUCGAUAUCAGGCAAGAAUCAGAAAGGCACAGUGAUGUUAUGGAUGCCAUAACUAAAUACCUUGGAGUCGGAUCAUAUCGUGAGUGGCCAGAGGAGAAACGCCAAGAAUGGCUACUCUCUGAACUCAAUGGAAAGAGGCCGUUAUAUGGUCCUGAUCUUCCCAAGACAAACGAAGUUGCUGAAGUUUUAGAUACAUUUCAUGUGUUAGCUAAACUUCCCUCUGACAGCUUUGGCGCGUAUGUGAUAUCCAUGGCAACAUCUCCUUCAGAUUUUCUAGCAGUUGAGCUUCUGCAGCGUGAAUGUCAUGUCAGGAAGCCACUGAGAGUUGUACCAUUGUUUGAAAAGCUCGCAGAUCUUGAAGCUGCACCGGCAGCUCUUGCCCGGCUUUUCUCUGUUGAGUGGUACAGAAACAGAAUUAAUGGAAAGCAAGAAGUAAUGAUUGGGUAUUCGGAUUCUGGGAAGGAUGCUGGUCGUUUCUCUGCUGGUUGGCAACUGUACAAAGCUCAAGAGGAGCUUAUUAAGGUUGCUAAGGAAUUUGGGGUUAAGUUGACUAUGUUUCAUGGGCGAGGGGGGACUGUUGGAAGAGGUGGGGGUCCUACCCAUCUUGCUAUACUGUCACAACCUCCAGAGACUAUCCACGGAUCACUGCGAGUAACUGCACAAGGUGAAGUCAUUGAGAAGUCCUUUGGAGAGGAGUAUUUGUGCUUUAGAACGCUUGAACGUUUUACAGCUGCUACUCUUGAACAUGGUAUGCAUCCACCAAUUUCACCAAAACCGGAGUGGCGUGCUUUGAUGGAUGAAAUGGCUGUUAUUGCCACAGAAGAGUACCGGUCCAUUGUCUUCCAAGAACCACGAUUUGUUGAAUAUUUCCGCCUUGCAACACCAGAGCUGGAAUAUGGUAGGAUGAAUAUUGGAAGCAGGCCAUCAAAAAGGAAGCGAAGUGGAGGCAUAGAAUCGCUACGUGCAAUUCCUUGGAUAUUUGCUUGGACACAGACCAGAUUUCACCUACCAGUGUGGCUUGGUUUUGGUGCGGCAUUCAAGCAUGUCAUGCAAAAGGAUAUACGUAACCUUCAAACCCUACAGCAGAUGUACAACGAGUGGCCAUUUUUCAGGGUUACACUAGACUUGGUUGAGAUGGUAUUUGCAAAGGGUGAUCCUGGUAUAGCAGCUCCGUAUGACAAGCUGCUAGUUUCUGAUGAUUUGUGGUCAUUUGGGGAGCGUCUUAGAGCAAACUAUCAAGAAACGAAGCAACUUCUUCUACAGGUUGCCGGCCACAAGGACCUUCUGGAGGGUGAUCCUUACCUGAGGCAGAGGCUGCGCCUCCGGAAUGUUUGCCAAGCCUACACACUGAAGCGUAUCAGGGACCCUAGCUUCCAUUCAAGCCCCGGAUCUCAUCUAUCCAAGGAGGUCAUGGAGUCACCGGGGAAGUUGGCCGCCGAACUUGCGAAGCUCAACCCUACAAGCGAGUAUGCCCCAGGGCUCGAGGACACUCUCAUCCUAACCAUGAAGGGCAUCGCUGCCGGCUUGCAGAACACCGGCUGAAGCAUCCGGCUCAGCUGUGAUGUGUGUUUAUUUAUAGCAGUAGUAGGGGCGGCAUGUAUGACGCUCUUGGUGCAUCGUGUUUUAUGGUCGUCUAAAAGACUUAAAACCAGUAAACACCGGCGACGGGAGAUCAGAACCAGACUGGUAUAUUUUCCGUGGACAUUGCUUUGUUGUUUACUGUAUCAAACUC